CUGCACAGGUGGCACUCUGCGUGCCCUGUGGGGGCGGCAGCGAGCAGGACGGCAGGAACGCCCAGGCUGGGGGCUGUGGAACGCACGGAGCCCAGCUCAGCUAGGAGGAGGAGGAUGCUCUGCAUGCCCAGGAUCCUGUGGGCACUGACAUCCAGCACACUCAUGCCCAUUUCCUGUAAUGGACAAACUUGAUGCAAAUGUGAGUUCCAACGAAGGUUUUGGGUCCGUGGAGAAGGUCGUGCUGCUAACAUUCCUCUCGGUGGUUAUCCUGAUGGCCAUCCUGGGCAACCUGCUGGUGAUGGUGGCUGUAUGCAGGGACAGGCAGCUCAGGAAAAUAAAAACCAAUUAUUUCAUUGUGUCUCUUGCCUUUGCCGAUCUGCUGGUGUCGGUGCUGGUAAUGCCUUUUGGUGCCAUUGAGCUGGUCCAAGACGUCUGGAUUUAUGGGGAGAUGUUUUGCCUGGUCCGGACCUCUCUGGAUGUCCUGCUCACCACAGCAUCGAUUUUUCACCUAUGCUGCAUUUCACUGGAUAGGUAUUAUGCCAUCUGCUGCCAACCCUUGGUUUACAGAAGCAAGAUGACCCCUGUCCGCAUUGCAUUGAUGUUGGGAGGCUGCUGGGCCAUUCCCAUGCUUAUAUCUUUUCUCCCCAUAAUGCAAGGCUGGAACAGCAUCGGCAUAGCUGAUGUGAUAGAGAAAAGGAAACUCAACCACAACUCUAACUCGACAUGCUGUGUCUUCAUGGUCAACAAGCCCUACGCCAUCACCUGCUCCGUUGUAGCCUUCUACACCCCGUUUCUCCUCAUGGUGCUGGCCUAUUACCGUAUCUAUGUCACUGCUAAGGAGCAUGCCCAGCAGAUCCAGAUGUUGCAACGAGCAGGAGCCACCCCGGAAAGCAGGCCCCAGCCAGCCGACCAGCACAGCACACAUCGUAUGCGGACAGAGACCAAGGCAGCCAAGACUUUAUGCGUCAUCAUGGGCUGCUUCUGUUUCUGCUGGGCCCCCUUCUUUGUCACCAAUGUUGUGGACCCAUUCAUAGACUACACUGUCCCCGAGCAGGUGUGGACUGCCUUCCUCUGGCUUGGCUACAUCAAUUCAGGGUUGAACCCCUUUCUCUAUGCCUUCUUGAAUAAGUCUUUCAGACGUGCCUUCCUCAUCAUUCUCUGCUGUGAUGAUGAACGCUACAGAAGACCCUCCAUUCUGGGCCAGACUGUCCCCUGUUCAACCACAACCAUUAAUGGAUCCACACAUGUGCUAAGGGAUGCAGUGGAAGGUGGUGGCCAGUGGGAGAGUCGGUGCCACCUGACAGCAACUUCUCCUUUGGUGGCUGCUCAGUCCAGUGAUACUUAGGCCCCUGGGACAGUGACCUAGAAGACAGCUGUGGCUCGAAAAGAGGCCAGUCCUAAGCUGCUACCCAUGUGUAUGUGGCUGUUCCUGGCACUCUGUUCUCCAAGCCUUUCCAUCAGCAUGCAGCAACGCGCCCUGGACUUUUCCGCCAGGAUUGCAGCAGGUGGUGUGUGAGGGAGUCAGGGGAGAGAAGGGCUUCCUUGUUCGUUUUUCACUUCUCAACGUGUUCUCUUCCUGGAAUCUGCCCUCUUGUUUGAUGGUCGCUGAAGUCCAUGGCCUAGUCCCCUUGCUGUUUCCAGUCUGUCUCAUAAGCAUUCACUGUGUUUGCUUUUCAGUUUCUAAAUAAACCUUCUUUGAGGUGUCUUCUCACAGAUACUGUCAAAAUAUGUACCUGUCUAGGCCACAUCUCUUGCCUGGUCACAUCUAUCAUAGCUGUGUUCAAACUCUCCACUGUCCUUUCUUUGCCUUCCUUUGUGCUGGGCACUUGUACACUUUCUUCCUCGUAUUUAGGUGUAGGCACACUGAGCUCUGUUUUCUUUUUUUCUGUGUUCAGUGUCAAUGUUCCGUUUAGGACAGUCUUCAUUCAUUUGCCACUGGAGACACAGAAUCGAGAUCUGUCAGUGGACAAUGGUCUCUGAAUGAACCCUGGAGGGAAGUCAAAGAUGAUUUUCCCCAGUACCAGGACCAGAUCUAACCCAUCUGAGAAAUUCCCUUUCAUGUCAGCUAGAAUAGAACACGUAAAGAGUCUUAGGUAGGGCUGGUGGCAUUAUGGGUGUCUAUUAAGAGAUGCUGGCAUCUUUUCUAUGAGUUUGUGGCAAAGCCCACAGCAACAACUUGGAACUUCUGAGUAUGGCUUCAUUGUUUACAGUGGACAGAACUGAUGGAAGUUCACACUGUGGGACCUUGUUACCCUUGCUAUCUGUUAGACAGAGAAGUUCAGAGUCCAGAAGUGUUAGGAAUGAGAAAACGAUACCUGACUCCAAGUCACAGAACCCAGAUGCCAGCCUCGGCUCUGCUUCUAAAAUUCUGAGAGACCAUGAACUAUCGUCUUUUCCUCUAUAACACUAACUUUCUACAUUGCCAAAUGAAGCUUGGAGUAGAGGCAUCCUGAAGAUUUCUUUCAAUUUCUAGGACAACAGGAUGCUGCUAUAGCCAGUCAUCUACUACCUCAAAUGGCCUGCCUACCUUUUGACUUUGUUUCAACCGCCCUCCUGAUUUGGCUCUUUUAGACUUCUGACUUGGUCAACCAUACACUUACAGUUAACCCAGUGUCUUUUACUCACAACAGAGUCCACAGUUUGUCCCAACUACCCCAGAGCAAAGGUCUCAGUGAGGAAAGUGCCCCUUCCCAGAGCCAAGUGAUGCUUUCUUUAGCUUUCGCCUUGGCUGUGGUUUGAUUCCAUCUCAGGACUGUUUGCUGAACUCUUCUUCGGAGCUGCUCAUGAAGGAUC